UAGAAUGUUGUAUCCUGUCUCUAUUAUGAUAUUAAUUGCAUUUGAGAGCACGAAGCAAGUUAAAAAGUUUAAGAUUCUGGCAGUAGAAAGGUUGGGUCUGAAGGGAUUAUAGGUUUGAAAAUGAUUUAUUUCUUUUGACUUCCGUCAGUGCUAAUUAGAAUGGUUGCGAAUGUGUUAUAGUCGAUUCAUUCAUGGAGUUCCAGAUGGACUUUAGUCACAAUAAUCUGUGCUGAAUGGUUUUUCAAUUUGAGCUUGGAAGAGUUUACAAAUCUCAACCAUUUGGAUUGAUCAGCUGAUAUUGGAAAUGGUUAAAAGUUAUGGAGUGUUUUGAUUUGCUAGAGAUACCAUGUUGUACUGCAUAGAGGGAGUUAAGCGUCUAAUUGCUUCUGCAUUGCGUUGUUGUGACCUUGAUUUAUAUAAGCAGCCGAAAGGCCUUGAAGAUCCUGAACAACUUGCAAGGGAGACUGUGUUUAGCGUAAGUGAAAUAGAAGCACUUUAUGAGCUUUUUAAAAAGAUUAGCAGUGCCGUGAUUGAUGAUGGGCUGAUUAACAAGGACGAGUUUCAAUUAGCAUUAUUCAAGACAAACAAAAAAGAGAGUUUGUUUGCUGAUCGGGUAUUUGAUUUGUUUGACACAAAGCACAACGGGAUACUGGGUUUUGAAGAAUUUGCUCGUGCUCUCUCCGUUUUCCAUCCAAAUGCUCCUAUUGAUGAUAAGAUUGAAUUUUCCUUCCAACUGUAUGAUCUCAAGCAGCAGGGGUUUAUAGAAAGGCAAGAGGUGAAGCAAAUGGUAGUGGCUACACUUGCUGAAUCUGGUAUGAAUCUAUCAGAUGAUGUUAUAGAAAGCAUAAUUGAUAAGACCUUUGAGGAAGCAGAUACAAAGCAUGAUGGUAAGAUUGACAAGGAGGAGUGGAGAAACCUUGUUUUGAGACAUCCAUCACUCUUAAAGAAUAUGACCCUUCAAUAUCUCAAGGAUAUCACCACAACGUUCCCCAGCUUUGUGUUCCAUUCACAAGUGGAUGAUACAUGAAUAUCCUAGUACAUCUUUCAUCAUUUGCUUGUGUGCUUCAGAGCCACCUAUUGUGUAAAAAAAGAACGUAGCAGCGAGCUUUGCUUACUUUUUUCCCUUUUGAGCCGAGAGAUUUGCUUACCUUACAGUGGUUAUGUAUUUCAUGAUGAUAAUGAAGAUAUUUGGUUUGGGGAUUCAUGUUUAGCGAUUAAGGCUAUUCACCAUAUGUUUGAUUCGUUGCUUGAAACUUGCAGAUAAUAUUACUGUUUCUUUUCCUUGAA